CAAGUCUCUUACAUCCUUUAAAGAGCUUCAAUAAAUUGUUGAUUUAUUUUUCAAGAUGUCCACCAAAUACUCUACCUUGCCAGAUAUUGACGACCAACCGGAUGUCUAUGAGACCCCAGAUGUUUCCGAGGAAGCUCCUGCAAUGUCAUUUGAUGAUCAGACAAGUGAUUAUGAAAACGAAAAUGUAGUGCGAUCGCGCGUGUCAGUCAAGGAUGCAAGUGCAAGAUUCGCCAAUAGUGUGGUUAUCACGGAUAACACAGACUUUUCUGAUAGGUUGACUCAAAGAAAAAAAGCAAUGUAUCGUAGUUAUAUUCGCCGCCCACCAGCUCUUGAAACAGACGAAUACGAACUUUUGCCAAAAGAACUAGCUUUAGAAGAAACUUCACUGCAGAAAUAUCGACGCCUUGUGUUUGAAGUCCAAGAAUUGAAUGAACAAGUAGAGAAGCAAAAGGAGGAUACGCCUGCUGAAACAAAAGAGACAGCAACACAGGAUGACCUCUUAGCACAAAUUUCGUAUUUGCAAUCUGAUUUGACUAGACUCAAUCAAAGCUUUGGAAAUACCGAGACAGAGGAUGGACCAACUACAUACGGAAAACGUAUUGACGAAGCUAAAAACCUCAUCAAGCAACUUGAGGCCUACAAGAGCUUGCCAUUGAAAAAUAAAGAGUCUAAUGAGACUGAAGAUACUGUCAUAGUAGAGAAGAACGACAAGGGAGACUUGGUUACAUACGAGCUCUUUUAUACCCCCGAAACAGCCAAGAUGCAAAAGCAAAGCCAAGUCUCCGAGAUUGAUGAGCGUAUCGCAAAGAUCGAAAAACUCGUUGGUACAAGUGCUGGACAGGGUCCAGAAGAUAUGCCUUCUGGUCUUGCUUCUACAACCUUGAUCAACUCUAUGGCCAAAUUGGAGCAACAGAUCACCAUCCUCGCCCAGCCUAGACAACUUGAGAUGGUUGCUCGAAGAAUCAAAGUACUCAACAGCGAACUUGACCGACUUAAUGAACUGAAGUCUGGGCGUAAAGAAAAUACAAGUUCGCUCAACUUUAGUCUCCACCCUACAUCAACAACCGCUGGGGUACAGUCAGCCACUACUUCAGCCGAGGGCCAAAAUAAAGAGGCAGCAGGAGGCCUAUCGAACGAGGCAGAGGAGAAGGUCAAUCAUCUCUUUGCCACAAUGGAGAAAAUCGAUCCUCUGUUGAAUCUGACACCUGCACUGUUGACCCGCCUUAAAGCUCUCCAGGGAUUGCACACUGAAGCAUCUACGUUUGGACGCUCUGUUAAGGUGAUCUCAGAUGAACAAAGCCAGAUGACCCAAGAACUUAAGAGUCUCAGUGCAACAUGCGAUACGCUUAACCAGAGUUUAGCUGCCAAUGAAGCAUCUAUCAAUAGCAAUAUUAAGGUUAUUGAUGAUAGAAUGACAGAGUUGGUACAGCGUGUGGCAGCUUUAAGUGGAGCCUCUUGAGAAUGCAUCAAUAUGAUAAUAAACAUCAUUUGAAAAUAUUUU